AUGCCAGAUGCUGCUGGGCGUCAAUGGUUCAUCAAUACUGCUCAAUAUUUAACCAGUAAGGUUUCUAAUAUAAAUAUUGCAAAACAUGCGAGAACCCUGGGCAUGAGUGCACAAGAUCUUAUUAGUUGCAUAGAAGAUACAACUUCUAAUACUGCUCGUCAGAUAAUUCGACAUUUAUAUCCACCAGAAAAGUUAUUGACUAUGACUGGUUCGGAUGUACCAGCUGAUCAACGUAGUGCAAUUCGAGCAUUUGCUGAAUUACAACGAGGUCCAAUAUUAACUCAUAAAUUUAACGAAGCUAUUAAUGGUGUAUUCCGCUCAAAAAAACAUGAAGUUAAAACAAAACAAGAAGAAAAUGAAUCAAUGAAUUCUGCUUAUAAGAGCAAAUCCAACAAAAAGAACAAUCCUAUGAACAAGGGACAAAAACAUUCAAAACAAAUGAUAUAUAAAGAUCAACAUUCUCAAUCAAAUAAUAUUACAACUGAUAAUGAAAAUAUUGAUGCUCAAGAAGACCAGUCGGACAUUGAACAACAAUAG